UUCUGGUAUCCUCACACAGCAUCGAUCGAGAGAGAGGGAGAGGGAGCACACGCGAGAGAGAGAGGGAGAGAUACCCAGCCCCUCCAGAGUGUAGAGGCGUCAAACGGCCGCCAGAGCAUCCCGGUUACGCACCGUUCCGAGGCCCCAGAAGCGCCAGAACCAGCUGAAGGAAAAGUCAGCGUCGCCGGGCACACGGUCGCAGCCACAGUCAGUGAUGGAGAGCCUGCUGGAUAAUCCAAUGAAAGCCGUUCUGUACCUGAAGGAGCUCACCACCAUCGUCCAGAACCAGCAGAGCCUGAUCCAGACGCAGCGCCAGCGCAUCGACGAGCUCGAGCGCAAGGUGGAGGACCUGAUCGGCGAGAACCGACUGCUGCGCGACCCGCACCACUACGUCCAGCAGCCGGCUCCGCAUCAGCACCACCACCACCCGCACCACCACCAACACCCGACCCACCGCAGCGUCAGUCCCCAGGCGCCGGCCCACCUCCAUCACCCGCACCCGGGGAGCAACAAGGCUGCGGUGCACCAGGCGCAGCUUCAGCAGCAGCAGCUUCAGCAGCAGCAUCAGCACCAGCCACCACCGCCGCAGCAGCAGCAGCAGCCGCAGCCGCAGCCGCAGCAGCAGCAGCAGAUCCCAGGUCUGUCGGCCCAGCCUCAGCAGCAGCAGCAGCAGCACCACCAUCAGCAGCAGCAACAGCAGCAGCUUCCGUCACCCGCUGCUCCGUCCUCCCACCACCCGCAGCAGCUGCAGCUCGUCCCCACCUCGCCGCAGUCGCCCAAAACGAGCCAAGCCAGCCCGGACUCCGGCGAGGAGGACAAGAGGAGCCCCUGCUGCAAGUCCCUGGUUCCGCAGACUCCCACCACCCUGUGCCGCUCAGUUGGACUGGCCAGGAAAGCGGACAACCAAACAGUGCUGCACCAGUUCUGCUGCCCAGCCCCCGAGGCCCCAGAGGGGGAGACAUCGACCGCCUGUGUCCCCAGCGAUGACCUUCCUCCAGGAUCGUCUAUGGGGGAGGAAGGGAAGGGAGGAGAGGGGGAGCUGCAGAGUGAGGCCCAUUCACAGCCAGAACCAGCACCAGAACCAGAACCACAACCACAACCAGAACCAGAACCACAGCAACAGCAGCAAGAGACUCUGCCACAGACUCCACCGCCACAGCCACAGCCGCAGUCAGAGCCAGAGCCAGAGCCACAGCCACAACCAGAUCCAGAACCAGAGCCAGAGCCAGAACCAGAACCAGAACCAGAAUCAGAACCAGAGCCACAGCCCCAACCUGAAAUCAAACCUCAGCCUCAACCCGAACCAGUACUGCAGCCCGAACCGGAGCCUGAGCCUCAGCCUCAAGUUGAGACUCCAAGCGAGGAAGCCGUGCAGGACGCACCUGAAUCCCCUUCGCCGUGCGGAGAGGUGCAGCCAGCAGGGGAGCAAGAGGACCAAAAGUCGGAAGACUUUGCCGAAGCGAAGAGAAAGCAAGAGGCAGAGGCAGAGGCAGAGCGGCGUGAGGGCGAGGCAGCGCGGCGUGAGGGCGAGGCAGCUCAGGAGCAAGAGGAGGAGGUGGAGGAAGGGGGAGGCGCUAAAGGAGGUGGGGCGGCCAGGAGGGCCAGCCUGCACCACACGGCCUCGCCCAUGAGGGUGCAGCGCAAUGGCGCCGGCUCGCACACGGCCACCUCGGACUAUGAGCUCUCGCUUGACCUCAAAAAUAAGCAGAUCGAAAUGUUAGAGCACAAAUACGGUGGACACCUCAUCUCCCGCCGUGCCGCCUGCAAGAUCCAGACUGCCUUCCGUCAGUACCAGCUCAGCAAGAACUUCGAGAAGAUCCGCAACUCACUGCUGGAAAGUCGCCUUCCUCGACGUAUCUCCCUGCGCAAGGUCCGCGUGCAAAACACGGAGGGUUUCUCUGCUGAACGGGCCCUGGCAGAAGGCUGUAACUUGGCAGGCAUCCCAUUGGUGCGCUCACCAUCUCUGCCUGCCACGGUUGGUGGCACCCUGACUGACCUGGAAGACUCCUUCACUGAACAAGUCCAGUCACUGGCAAAGUCCAUAGAUGAUGCACUCAGCAACUGGAGCCUGAAGACCAUGUGUUCACUGCAGGAAGGCGGCACCUAUCAAUUCACUGCCGACUCUUUCAGUAGAGCCGCAGCAGCUGCUGCUGCAGGGGUGGGAGGUGGGGGAGAAGGAGGUGUUGUGGGAGAGCCAGAGAUUCAUCAAGUCCCUGUGGACCCAAGUGACCUGUCAAGAAGUGCAAGCAAGCUGAUGAUGGCAUUCCGAGAUGUGACGGUGAAAAUCGACAGCCAGAACUUCAGCGUUUCAUCUUCAGUGAUGGAAUCGUCCACUUCUGUCACACUCGGCAGCUGCGUCCAGCAAGAAGGAAACUUCACCACUGUCACAACCGCUUCCACAACAACAAACUCCACACCAAGCUCUGGUCCCCUUCAAGAACCCCCUCCUCCUCCUGCAGAGGUCCCAGCUGAGCCUAUAGAUCCCCCACCGCCCCCCCAAGAACCCCCACCACCCCCAGAAUCAGAGACAGAAGUAGGCGAGCAGGAUAUUGAAUUCCCUGCUCCUCCUCCAAGUGAGGAAGAGCUAGGGGAGGAUGAGCCACUUCCCCUUACCCCUCUUGAAAAGAUGGCCGCCACGCAAAGCCGGGAGAAUAUUGUGGUGGUGGCCCCACCACCCACAGAAUCCCCUCGAGCCCCUCCACCACAGAGCUCUCCUGUGUCGGAGCCUCUGGGGGUCAAUAGAUGUGGCUCCGAGAUGGCAGAUAACAGCUCGGAGCAGAUGAGCAGCAGCAGCACGUCCACAGAGGCACGCUCCACAUCAGAAGCCUCAUCCAAGGAGGCCCUGCAGGCUAUGAUCCUCAGCCUGCCACGCUACCACUGUGAGAACCCUGCCAGCUGUAAAUCACCCACGUUGUCCACUGACGUCAUGCGAAAACGCCUCUACCGCAUCGGCCUCAACCUCUUCAAUGUAAACCCUGACAAAGGCCUUCAGUUCCUCAUCUCCCGAGGUUUCAUCCCCGACACGCCCAUCGGUGUGGCGCACUUCCUGCUGCAGAGGAAGGGCCUGAGUCGGCAGAUGAUCGGAGAGUUCCUCGGCAACAGCAAGAAGCCGUUCAACAGAGACGUACUAGACUGUGUUGUGGAUGAGAUGGACUUCUCGGGGAUGGAGCUGGACGAAGCGCUGAGGAAGUUUCAGGCCCACAUUCGUGUCCAGGGAGAAGCCCAGAAGGUGGAACGUCUUAUCGAGGCCUUCAGCCAGCGCUACUGCAUGUGCAACCCUGACGUGGUGCAGCAGUUUCACAACCCGGACACCAUCUUCAUCCUGGCCUUCGCCAUCAUCCUGCUCAACACCGACAUGUACAGCCCCAACAUCAAGCCCGAUCGCAAGAUGCUGCUGGAGGACUUCAUACGCAACCUGCGAGGUGUGGAUGAUGGAGCAGAUAUCCCCAGAGACAUGGUGGUGGGAAUCUACGAGAGAAUACAGCUGAGGGAGUUACGCUCCAACGAAGACCACGUCACCUACGUCUCCAAGGUUGAGCAGUCUAUUGUGGGCAUGAAGACGGUUCUCUCUGUCCCUCACAGAAGAUUGGUGUGCUGCAGUCGACUUUUCGAGGUGACAGAUGUCAACAAGGCCCAGAAGCAGGCGGCGCACCAGAGAGAAGUCUUCCUCUUCAACGAUCUAAUUGUGAUCUUGAAGCUUUGUCCAAAGAAGAAGAGUCCUGCAGCCUACACGUUCUGCAAAGCCAUGGGCCUGCUGGGCAUGCAGUUCCACCUGUUUGAAAACGAGUACUACCCUCACGGCAUCACCAUCCUCUCGCCCUUCGGAUCGGACAAGAAGCAGGUUCUUAACUUCUGUGCCCAAAGUGCAGAGGAGCUGCUCAAAUUCAUCGAGGACCUGAAGGAAUCAAUCUCGGAGGUGUCGGAGAUGGAGCAGAUACGUAUAGAAUGGGAGCUGGAGAAGCAGCAGGGGGCCAAGACGCACUCGGUAAAGAACAACGGCACACAGCUCGAGCUGCGUGGCAAACCGGGCUCCACAUCAGGAAACCAGGAGGUAGACGAGAGAAGCGGACACAAUGCAGUGGAGGUGUCAAUUCACAACAGGCUUCAGACGUACCAGCUCAGCAGCAGCAGCUCGGCUCGGAGUCCCGAGAGCGUGGCCCUUCUUAACCACCGGGGGGAGCUACUUUUCCAGCAGGCGCCCCAGGGGCUAAUCCAGGGCCCGGCGCCUCCACCUCAGCACCCGCAGCUGCAGGCAGCAGCAAGCACCCCCGUCCACCACCUCCACCUCCAGCAGCAACACCAGACCGCCGUCAGCAUGUCCGACCUGCGGCCCGAGACGCUCAUCCAGUGUCAACAGAUCGUCAAGGUCAUCAUGCUCGACCACAGCGGGCACGGACGCGUCGAGGCCUUCCUCAGCCAAACGCCCACUCACCACCACUACCAUCACCACCACCACAGCCAUCGCCAGCUCAGCCACUCGGCCAUGUCCACCCCGGUCCGCUCCCCGGACGGCUCCCACGGCGGCGACGGCCACCAGCCCCCGUUACCUCCCCCACCUCCGCCUUAUAACCACCCGCACCAGUAUAUACCCCCAGACCCACGACUCAGUCUACACCGGACCCCAAGUGACUCUCAGAGCAUGGUGUAAAUAGAUAAACUAGCAUUACUUCCCCAAAACACACACGCACACUUCCAUCAAUCCUCACCCGCUCUCUAUCUAUUUAAAAGUACAUAAUGUACAUAUAUACAUACUGAAGAAAGAGCUAUAGUGAAAAAAAUGAAAUCACACUUAUAUGCAUAUAUUUAAAAAUAAACUAAAAGAAAAAUCAAGGUUUUAAAAGAGAUAAGGAAAUAAAGUGCAUAUAUAAAGUUUUACUUGAUUCCACAUGUAUUUUGAAAUAUUACGUAGUUUUAACAAAUUUCUAUAACGUUUUUGUCAGUUUUAAAAGAAAAACUCUCAGAUAUUCAGUUUCUGGAUGGAUUCCUUUUAACUCCAGUGUUCACAAACAACAAAAACAACAGAAAAAUGUGAAUCCCUCAAACUCUUCCUGGGACGGACCCACUCUGAGGACCUUCUGUUUUCGCUUUCAACAUCCCACAGCUCAUGCCUCCUGUGCUGUAUGUGCGCAUGCGUGCAUAGCUGACACUUAAACUUAAAAGAAAUCAUGUGCCAAAAUACACACGCCUCCACUAAACACUUCUUUGCACUUGACUAAACGCUAGGGCUGGAAGAAAAGAGAAAAAAAUAGUCCUUUUCACGCUUCUCCCUCAAGGAGCAUGAAUAACAAAACUGAUAUUUCAUAUUUAAAAAAUAAAAUAAAAGAAGCUAUUUCCCCAUUUUCACUCUUUCUGAUUUAUUUAUGCGAUGAAGAGCCUUCUGUCCUCUUCUUCUUCUCUGCACCCCUGGAUUAAAAAGGCAAAAAAAAAAAAGAGGCAACGUCGUUUCCGAUAAGCGGCGUUUUCUCAUCUGCUCCUCCGUCGCGCCGCGGCUCUCUAUCAUCAGAAAACACUCCCGCUCGAUUGUCACGCUACAGUGAAGGAUGAUGGGAAACAAAGGGCAACAAAUCACGUAGACUGUCGCCAAACCAAAAAGUCCGACCACGGGAUGGUUCUGUGUUUCUGUCGUUUGUCUUUUACCGUCCACGUUCAAUGUUGUUAAACGCUUCCCAGAGAAAUUCUCGCCACGUUUAUCUAACGGAGGAAGAACUUCAUUUUUUUCUUUCUUUUUUUCAUAUUUUGAAACACCGAAACUGCUCUCUGACUUUUUCUAAAAACCACGCGAUUCCGAAACCCCCCGUGUGUAUAUUAUACUAUACGUAACAACACACUGUGUGUUCAUCUGUGCGUUUGUGGAAAAUUUUGUGCUUCUUCACUUUCUUUCAGGAAAAUCGCCAUUGAAUUUCCCGUGAAGAGGUUCCCCGCUGCGAAAAAACGUUAAAUGUCAAGAUCUGUGUUUAUUUUCAAUUGUGUGAGGCAUAUUUCCGCUUUUGUGUGUGUUUAACUGCAGGACUGAGCCCUCCUCCCGCGAGACAUCCAGACACCGUCUCCCCGUGUCGGUACAACUCCCAGGUUUUGUUUUUCAGCUCCCUGUGACCGUUUUCCUCCUUCUAACCUUUCAGACUGGCAUUUUCAAAAAGGCAAAACACACACACACACGCGGCUUCUGUUGCAAAACGCUGGCAUUAAUGGUAUUGCUGCUGCUUUAAAUAAGAAUGGGACAAAAAAAAGACGAAUGCAUUAUCUGAUCUGUUCUGUGUCCACCCAAGCUUGGAUUGUAAAUACCACAUGCGAGCGGCUUCGGGGGAAAGGACAAGCGAGUUGUACCUUUAGCCCCUUUCGAAAUGCUACUGCCCCCCCGUCGCACGUCCCCCAUUCUGAAAUAGGUCAGCGGCGGCGCCAUCUUUUAAACAUUGAGCCCCGCCAGGUGCUGCGGAAUGGAUGUGCGGUUAACUCUGCUCCCAUCUGACCCCCAUCUGUCCCACUUGUUGAUUUAUAAUCGCGGAGCCACUGCAGGGACGUCUCUAUCUCAUCGUUCUGUCCUUUCCAACUUACGAUUCCACCCGGUGACAGGACUGUUGUUACGGGGGGUUAGAGUGUGUGUGUGUGUCUGUGUGUGUGUGUGUGUGUGUGUGUGUGUGUGUGUGUGUGUGUGUGCGUCAACAGAAUCCUAAUUCCCCCACAAACAAAUCCGACCCCUCCUCUUUUCAUCUCAGUAAUUGCUUUUCUUAUUAUUACGUAACAAAAUAAGACGAAUUAGUGCUUUCAAAAAACGAAUGAAGAGCUUUUAUGAUAAUUUUCAUAUUUUUACUAGCUAUAAACAAACUUAAAGGUUACAGUUUGACUAUUAUGGACUUUCUUACAUUGAUCGAUGACGAUGGCUUCUUUAUUUGUUUGAAUCAACUUUAAGAUAUAAAAUUAUUCUUUUUAUUUCCUGCAUGACAUCUGUUUUGAGGCCUUUUGACCUUUAAAGUCCCCAAAGUCUUGUUUUUUUUGUGCAUGGAUUCGCUGUGAGCACACUAGUCAGAGAUGAAGAUGCCAAAAUAUGACAAUUUUGAAAAGAAUAUAUGAAAUUUUAUGAUUUAAAAAAAAAAUGAACACGACUUUAAGCAGAAAUAGGUUUUUCUGUGCCUCUAAAUAACUCCUCUUUUGUCAAAACAUGGCCAUUUCUGUUGCCCUCUCCUUCUCUACCCUUUGUAUGAUUGCACAGUUUUUCCCGUCGAUGCAUUUUGGGAGACAAGACGUGCUGCGUGUGCAAUAAACAUACAUGCGGGACACAUUUAAAACCACGGGUUUGUGUUUUGAGAGGAAACAAAUGUAGCAUUUCUGGAGCGCAGAGUGAUGUGACUCCCAAGUGAAGUAGUGACGGACUUUCAUAACGAAACUGACUAAAGGGCUCUGCCAUACCAGUGCACUGCUUCAUGAGUGACAUGUGGAUCUUACAGUCCGGCUCUGCAACACUGUGUUUUGCUCAUACUAGUUAGGACAAUUACAGAAAAGUGGACAUUCGAGGGGACGGACAGGUGGAAACUGAGUGUAACAGAUAUGAUCGGUCACUUCCCUCAGUUCAAUCCUUCUCUACCUGUAUAUCAACAUGCUAUUAAAGAUGAUUUAAGUCUACUCACCUCAA